UGGGCCAAGGAUGCGCCGCUCUAUGGGACUGCCAAUCACGGCCGGAUGUGAUGCAGCCUGGAUUCGAACACAGAACCUCCCCGCUUUCUGCCACUGAUGGGCAUUGCCAGAGCGAUGGGCAGCUCCGUUGUCCAUGAUGAUAGAGUAGUUGGGUCCCAUGGCAUGUCCUGUCAGAGUGGCGAUGGUAAACAGCUGAGGAGACACCUCACCUACCGCCUUCUCUCUCAUCUCACAAAACACGUCGACCAUCACCCUGCGUUCAUCAGCAUCUGUGUUUCCUACAUGAACCCUGCGACUCACACCGGACACCACCAACUACGUAGCAGCACAUAGCAUCUCUCACUAUUGAAUACAAGCGGUUGACGUCAACAACCCUCAUCGAAUAUUCAAAAAUAAUUACAAUAAUGCAAAGAAAGGAUAGGCUGGAGCUUGACAGCCCGCGGUGCUGCUUUGUGGACAACGAUUCCGAUUGCUAGGGCUGAGGGACAUGCAUCUCAUUAUAUCCACACUAUUUGGUAUCUCGUUAUUAUAUCCAAAUCUCUGCCCAGACAGAAUCAUUGGCAGGUCGGGCUCGAAACAUAAUACACUUCCGGUUGCAUAAAAAAAUUGCAGCUACCGACACAGCUGGAGUGGGGGAGGCCUUCCUCUAGUGAAAGCGAGCUACUGGGGGGAAUGGGUGACGUUUGAUCGGGAAAAGGUUGUCUACAAACUGGUAAGCCAUAUCCAAGAGAUGGAUGACGGCAGCGCCUACAUAGAAUUUGACGUGCCAGAGUUCAGCAACACCGUCCUCAACCAGCUCAACGACUUGCGUCUGCAGGGGAAGCUAUGUGACAUUAUCGUUCACAUCCAGGGCCAACCGUUCCGGGCCCACAAGGCCGUGCUGGCGGCCAGCUCACCGUACUUCCGCGACCACUCAGCCCUGGGAACCAUGAGCGGCCUGUCCAUCUCCGUCAUCAAGAACCCUGAUGUGUUUGAGCAGCUGCUGGCCUUCUGCUACACUGGCCGCAUGUCCCUGCAGCUCAAAGAUGUCAUCAGCUUCCUCACAGCAGCCAGCUUCUUGCAGAUGCAGGCCGUCAUUGACAAGUGCACCCAGAUCCUGGAGGGAAUCCACUCCAAGAUCAGCAGCGCCACCAGCCCAGACGAGGGCUCCCAGGCCAGCCGCAACGGUGUUAAAGACAGCAGCCUCUUCAUCAACCCCACACAGAUCUCCCCCCCUUACUACUCCAGACACAGCAUAGAGGCCCGCUCUGAGCUAGCAGCAGGGAAAGGCCAUGGCAGGGCGCGGCACCAGGAGGAGGGCCAGUCAGACCGCGGCAGCAGUGACGGUGUGUCAGAGCAGGAGGCAGCCACGGAGGGAGAGACUGAGCAGGUGGAGCUGAUUGGGAAGGACGGCCAGGUGACAGACGUGCACGUGAAGCUGGAAAAGACGGACCGGCCCAGCUACUCCGACAGCUCCUCGGCAGGCGACGAUGGCUACCACACAGAGCUGGUGGAUGGAGAGCAGGUGCUGGCUGUCAGUGUGGGCUCCUAUGGUCCUGUCAUCCAGGCAGCUGGCUACACUUACUCAGGCCUGUCAUCUCCCUGCUUCGUGAGCCUCAGCAGCUCCAGCCCCUCCCGCUCCAUGCUCAGUGGCUUCAGGGGCGGCCGGGCCAGAGCCAAGCGCCCCCCUGUAGCCGUCCCAGCAGAGGUCCUGAGUCAGAUCAAACCAGGAAACGCAGAGGACAGCAGCGAAGCAGUGUUGGGUCAAGCAGGCUUUGAGAAUGACGUCCAGGAACGGAGCCUGCGCAGCCAGUGGUACCCCUACAACGAGAGGCUCCUCUGCAUCUACUGCGGCAAGUCCUUCAAUCAGAAGGGCAGCCUGGACCGCCACAUGCGCCUGCACAUGGGAAUCACACCCUUCGUCUGCAAGUUCUGCGGCAAGAAGUACACUCGUAAGGACCAGCUGGAGUACCACAUCCGCGGCCACACGGACAACAAACCCUUCCACUGUCAGAUCUGUGGCAAGUGCUUCCCUUUCCAGGGAACCCUCAACCAGCACUUGAGGAAGAAGCACUUGGGGGCCACAGAGGGCACCAAUCACAUGGAUUCUCCAGAGAGAACGAAGGGGAGCUCCUGUCAGAAAGACCCAGAGGAUGCCUCUGAGGGGAUGGCCUUUGAGACGCAGUAUGUUGAGGAGGCUCCGGCCACUGACAUGGAGGAGAGCUCAAAGUGUAGCUCUGAGGAAGCCCAGGCAUCCAGGUGUGAUUUUUAGGCCCCUGUUCUGGUUGAGGAAGCUUUAACAUGUUUUGUUUUUGUUGUUUUUUUAAUGUUUAGAAUUUCUUUUGGAAGCGGCUCCUUCAAACGUUGCAUCUACCUUGUACUUCCAGGUUUUCUGCCUGUCCAUUUUUAGUGAAAGUAGAAACAUAGAAGAAGAAAAGGGUGCUUAUUUCAAAAGGAAGGAAAAUCAACUUGCCAUUGAUAAGGUGGCCUCAAUAAUCAAGGCCUCCUUGUUGUUUUUGUUUUCUCUUUAAUCUUUCCAUGUUUUUAAAACAUAUUUACAGAGUAAUAUAGGCAUGUUGCAAUAAUUGAUAAUAUGAAAGCUCUGCUGCUUGUCACAAGUUUUUACCUGACCUGUUUUUGCACAUGUGGCCAAAGGUGGUCACUUUACUCACAAGGAAUUAUUUUUCUGCAAGUGCAAAGCUUCAUGUGACAUAUCUGUUCAAUACCUCAUGAUACAACUACAUACUCAUAACAGACAGUAUUUUAUGAAACUCCACCAGGUUCUACCUCAUAGCUAAGAACCUAACAGGAACAGAAGUGUUUUCCGUUUUUAAAAAACAAACAGUUUUGUUUUAUGGUCUAUGUGUUAUAUUUGCCAAACUCUAAGAAGAACAAUCCUCAGUCUCAACACAACGCCUUGAUACUGUAGACUAAUGUUCCUUGCUGGUUGUAUGAACUCUGGACCUUGUCCAUCAGUUCAUGGUCAACAAGGAUGUAAUGUGGUCGAAGAAAGGAUUUGCUAUAUUUAAGCAAUAAGACCCAGGGAGGUGUGGUAUAAGGUCCAUAUACCACGCUUAAUAGCUCUUCUUACGCACCGCAACGCGGAGUAUAUUGGCCAAAUACCACAAACCCUUGAGGUGCCUUGUUGCUGUGAUAAACUGCUUACCAAUGUAAUUAGAACAUUUAAAAAAUAUUUUAGGGGUCAUACCCAUGGUAUAUGGUCUGUUAUACCGUAGCUUUCAGCAAAUCAGCAUUCAGGGCUCAAAUCACCCACUUUAUAAUGGUGUAUAAGAAAUAUUAAGUAUGUUGUAUGUUUGCAUUGAGCAAGCUCAAGGACAGUGGAUAGAGUACAAUAGUAGAACACAAUACAUUACAUGAUUUCCACUGUCUCUAUAGCCAAGAUCUAGUUUGCUUUUCAGAACACACAGGAGCAGAUUCCACUUAUCGGUCUCUUUUUUUACCCAGUGAAGGUCACAUGCAGUUGGCCAUGGUGUGUUUUACAGAUGUGAUUCUAUCUAUUAAUCGACAUGGGAUCAAUGAUUGAGCCUGACACAGUGAAAUCAUUGGAGUGUCUUCCAUUCUGAUGGUGUUUAGUUAAUUAUUCUCAACCUGUUUAUGUGAAACUGUUUUUUAUCUGUGUGGAGAUGAUGCUCAGUGCAGAGUUCCCCUCAUUAGCUUGGCACAGCAGGCGCAGCGCUGCCCUGGAUCUGUGCAUGGAAUCAAUAUGCUCACAGUAUGCAAACAGGGAGAAGGGAAUAUCCGCCAUCUUGUCAUGGCAGUUUUUGUUCACUCCAUUUCAUGAGAACUCUUGUUCUGCUCUUUUGUUUUAAUUGACUGUUUCUGCCCUUUCCUGAUCAGACACAACUGUUGAGAUGAGGGGAUAAAAUGGGAAAGCGUGUAGUCUCAUUGUUGCUUCAUUAGAAAUUAAGAGUUUGAUGGACAGAGGGUAGAGGUUUGUGAGAUGAGGUUGUGAACCAAAGUAAUGGUGCACUUUUCGUGAGUAAAAUAGUGGCAGUUAAAGUUAAGAGCAGUGGUGACUGGUGACCAUCAGUUUAUUGUGACAGAAAUAGGCUUUUUAAAAGUCAAUGAUCAAAUGAUUACUGCAUCAGUCAGUGUAAGUCCAUUUGACAACAGAUUGGUAGCUAGCUUUUUCAGUGUUAAUUGGUAAAUAAUAAUCAAAGGGCACUGCUGGCAUCGGGGAUGGUGCUCUGCUUGUUUAGAGAUUAGCUGGGCUUUCAGGGCUCAGCAGUUGGAUGAAUGUCAUUUAACCACAUUUCACAACUUUUGUUAAAGAUUCCAUUUUUCAUAUCGUCAUAAGUCACUAAUGCACACUAUGGUUGGGGUGGGAGGUAGGCUGUGUUUAUCAGAUGUAUAUUGCAUUACAUGGCUAAGCAUUGCAAUGCACAAUGCCAUGGCAUAGUUUAGGUGGCGAAUGGGAUUUCAAUAUUCUUAUUGUGUGAUAAUGCUUCUAAGUGCAGUAGUUUUUAAUAAUAUGGGCCUAAAUUCUGAUAAUUAUUGCUCUAACGUCCUAGCCCAGAUCAAGCUCUUUAUUUGAUAGGUGCGGUUAAGAUCAGGUGGAAAGCUGAUCCUUAAAAAGCACUUUUUGUCGACAGUAAUUUUGCUCCAUUUACCCCUCUGCUUGCUGACUUGCUAUUUCAGCAGUGAGUUGCCGUCCUUGUAUCCUGUUAUCUUUUAGUUUUUACACAUGAACACACAAAACUAUAAUUACAGUAUUGCAAGGAGCUAGCAGGCUCACUGUUUAGAGAGAAAUGUCCCGAAAAGCCCAGAGGUCCAGGUGGGUGUGGACAAGAGAAUUUCCUCUUCAUUUAAUGUAGCACCACCAUGUACUAUGCCUGUUUGUUAUUUUUCGGUUGUUUGCUGCAUCUUUUUUUUUUAUCACAUUACCAUCCGCUUGCCUUUGGCAGAACUUGGUUCUGUGAUUUUCUUUUCAUAUUGGUAUUGUGAAGUUUUGCAUGUAUUUCCAUAUUGUGUAAUGUUAGGUCACCAAUGCAGUCUUUUCUCCACUGAAUGCUCACUACACAUGUGGUUAGCUCAUUGUUUCACCAGAUACUGUUGGAAACUGUUCCGUUUACAACCAAAAGGACCCUUCUGUGAUUCAGUGAGUUAUCUGAUUCACUGUCUCCAUGUCUUGUUGCUGAUCAGUGACAGGCCCUUCCCUUUCUGUUUUAUUUGUGUAUUUCUCCAUCAACAGAACAUAUGCUUGACAGUGUUGUCCAAAGUCAGCCACAAUCUAUUUUCCUCUGUCUUGGAUAAGUCUGGGAUAAUUAUGUUAUGCUCUGUGUGGUAAUGCACUCUGCACAUUUGCAGAACCAUAUCUGUAAAGUCUUAACCCUGCUCUUAUUGAAUCUGUCCCUCUGUCCCCCUACUGGUUUUAGAAUGGGGAAUCGACACUGAACAAAGUUAUAAAUGCAACCAUUUUUUAUUUGACUGAGUUACUGUUCAUAUAAGGAAAUCAGUCAAUUGAAAUAAAUUCAUUAGGCCUUAAUCUAUGGAUUUCACAUGACUGGUAAUACAGAUAUGCAUCUGUUGGUCACAGAUACCUUUAAAAAAAAGGGGGGGGGGGGACGUGGAUCAGAACCAAUCCGUGUCUGGUGUGACCACCGUUUUGCCUUGUGUAGUGUGACAAAUCUCCUUAGCAUAGAGUUGAUCAGGCUGUUGAUUGUGGCAUGUGGAAUUUUUUCCCACUCUUCUUCAGUGGCUGUGCGAAGUUGCUGGUAAUUGUUGGGAACUGGAACACGCUGUCGUACACGUCGAUCCAGAGUAUCCCAAACAUGCUCAAUGGUUGACAUGUCUGGUGAGGUAAUGGAAGAACUGGGACAUUUUCAGCUUCUAAGAAUUAUGUACAGCACCACAAUGGGCCUCAGUAUUUAAGCAUGUUAUCUCUGUGCAUUCAAAUUGCCAUUGAUAAAAUGCAAUUGUGUUUGUUGUCCUUAGCUUGUCUGCCAAUACCCCACCCCCACCGUGGUACACUGUUCACAACGUUGAUAUCAGCAAACCGCUGGCCCGCACGACACCAUGCACGCGGUCUGCAAUCUGCCCGGUACAGUUGAAACCGGGAUUAAUCCGCGAAGAGCACACUACUCCAGCGUGCCAAUGGUCAUCGAAGUUAAGCAUUUGCCCACUGAAGUCGGUUACGACGCUGAACUGCAGUCAGGUCAAGACCCUGGUGAGGAUCACAAGCACGCACAUGAGCUUCCCUGUGACAAUUUCUGCAGAAAUGUUUCGCUUUUGCACACCCACAGUUUCAUCAGCUAUCCUGGUGGCUGGUCUCAGGCGAUCCCGCAGGUGAAGAUGUCGGCUGUAGAUGUCCUGGGCUGGCGUGGUUACAUGUGGUCUGCGGCUGUGAGGCCGGUUGGAUGUACUACCAAAUUCUCUAAAAGGACAGAGGCGGCUUAUGAUAGAGAAUUAACAUUGAAUUCUCUGACAACGGCUCUAAUGGACAUUCCUGCAGUCAGUAUGCCAGUUGCACGGUCCAUCAACUUGAGACGUGGCAUUGUUGUGACACAGCUCUACAUUUUAGUGGCUUUUUAUUGUUCACAGCACAAGGUGCACCUGUGUAAUGAUCAUGCUGUUUAAUCAGCUUUUUUGAUAUGCCACACCUGUCAGGGGGAUGGAUUAUCUUGGCCAAGGAGAAAUGCUUACCAACAGGGAUGUAAACAAAUUUGUGCACAUUUUGUUUUUUGAAAAAAGCUUUUUGUGCUUAUGGGAAAUUUCUGGGGUCUUUUAUUUCAGCUCAUGGAACAUGGGACCAACACUUUACAUGUUGCAUUUAUAGUUUUGUUCAGUAUACUUUACCAUGUAAAAAUAUGGUCCUUUAAUAGGUUAUUGAGCCAAGAGUCAAAUCAAAGAUCUCCCAGUAGAUAAUUCUCCAAAGGUAUGUCUAUACAUUUGGCCCGACAAGAGGCAUGAUGAGUUUUCUAGAUAAUACUUUUUUUUACAAUUCCUUGCUAUUUCCAACAGAUUGUCUUGUUACAACACAAUGCAGUUGAAUCCCACAUAGGAUGUUGCCAGAUAUGAUAGUCAUAUCAUGAAAGAAAUGUAUGAAGCCAUAAGUACUACAAUUGAGAUUUGUUUGUUUCAUUGUCAUUUUAAGAUGCCAACCAUACAAAUCCUAGAAAUAUUUUAAAGAAAAAUAAGCUUUUGAAUCUUGAUCUGUGCCUUGCCAUACAAACGAUCACUAGCUGUAUAUCCCUGUGGAUAUAAAGCAUCUGACACUUACAGUAGACAUUUGUUUUGGCGUGCCUUCAAUGGAAAGAAUAAAAGGAUUGAGGACAAAGUAUUGAUAAAGUACUGUUGAUUUUCUUCACUUUUAAUUUGGAUUUUAAAAAUAAAUAAAAAAUUGUAAUAGUUUAUGCAAAAAUGAAAUGUCUACAAGGGAAUAGGCACGGAGAAUAAUGUCUGAGAUACAUGCCCAUGUUGCGCCCUUAAGUUAGCAGGGUAAUGGGCACCUCGUUUUUAGUCAGCCAUACCAUUUCCUUGUCAUCAGACCCUUUUUGAUACUUGUAUUCAUUUGAUAAUGUGAUGGAUUGUGUUUUUAUUAUAUCAUGACUUGCAUGGCAUCUAAUCACAGUCAUGAGCUGUUCUGUUCCUCUCUCCAGAGGCUGUUUUGUAUGUAUACUGUAUCCUUUCUGUUAGCACUGAGGACAAUCUAAGAUCUCCUUCAGUCUCAGAGAAGGGAGAGUACAGCUAGACUCCUCCCUCUCAAGAUUAAUUUUGUUACAUCUGGCCAGGGGGACAGCUUGUUGAGAAUGAGCAGGUUUUUAAAAAAAAAUACAUUUAAGAAAUGUGUUUUAAAAAAGUGCAAACGUGCUAGGUUAUAGCUGUAUUGCACAUCACUCACCCACAAAAUUGUUUAGAAAUGCUGAUGGCAGUUUUUGGAACUUAACAUUAGUUUCUUGUUUUUGUCUCAUCUGGCAUGUACUUAGAAAUAGCCUGUCUUUGAUACAUUCAUAUUCCAGAGGGAUAUAUCAUUCUAGUCUCCCCUUUUUAAGGGAUUAAUUUAUCUUUAGGGACCUUCCCGCCCCUCAUAAAUGGUGCUUUUAGUCUGGUCAGGUUAUUUAUUGAUUUUUAUAUACAAAAGACCAUAUAUAUACAUGCAUAUAUAUUAAUUAUAGGGGGAUGGAGGGGUAAUUUUGUUUAAAUGCUUUUAUAAACUUAAAUGACUAAUGCCCCAACACUCACCAACCAACUGAACCUGACACUUGUUUGCAUUCACUCUGUUUGUUCAAAACGAUUCAUAUUAAAGGUGGAAGGGAGCGAUAUUUGUGGGCCAGAAGUAAUCAAAAGGAAGUGUUUACAGGGAAGGCUGUUGGACUACUUUUUCAAUUUGCAGAUCGUUCAAUUACUUUUUUUGAACUGAUUAACUUCAGGUAGUUUAUGAACACUGAUAUAGAUUUCCAUAGCUUCUCAGCCUUUCUCCACUGUGUAAUAUACAAAAGCAAUAACCUUUUUUUAAAGGGGAUAUAUUGGUAUCAAUGAGACUAAUCUAGUUCUUGGGAUUUCACUUCUCAAACAAAAGCUGAAUGUGGGAGCUGUAGAACUAAAGUAGGUCGAGGACAAUUUGAUAUAGAUUUAUUUUUAUAUAUUUUGUGAAUCUUUGGACCGGUUAGGUGAAAAUGCUCAUUAGGUGAGACUGGUAUUUCCGGUCUUUUAAGUAGACAUCCAAAGCCUAAAACGAUCAGUGAACUGAAACGCAAAGCUGAACAUGUGAUUCCGUCAAACCCCAAUGGCACUGGUUUUAAAGUUGCACCUCCAUCUGUGUCAAAUACUGAAAGGGAUUUUGGGCUGCACAGCCACAUAGUAGGAGUGGCAAUCUGUUUUCAUGCUAAAAUUUCAAGGUCUUCCCUUUCCCCUCGAGUACUGAGACUAUAGUUUUAGCGGGUCAGAGUGGAAGUGGUCAGUACUGCUUUAACUAAAUGUUUAGACUGACCUGUUUCAUUCUCUGAUGUGAAACUCCUUUGUCUCUCACAUUCUGUGGUAUCUGGUUAAGUAUGUGAUCAUAUGGCAAAAAAACUAAGUAGAACUCAGGGCUUAUACUAGUGUUAUAAAGUGGUCACUCUGGGCAUACAGCUCGUGUGUAGAAUUCAACGUGCACUUCUAUUCAGGUGGGGAAACAAAUCCUCAGUCAGUGGUUCCCAAACAUUCUGCCUCAAGGGUCUCACUGAACCCAUGUUUUCCAUUCCCACUCUGCAUGUAUGUGACGAGCUUCAAUGCUGAGGAACAGGGGAGACCUUUUUAGUUUGGCCCAUUGUCCGUCCACCUGCCUCUUGUCCGUUCUACAUACAACCCGACUGUGAACCUCAACUCUACUGUUUUGUACAAUGAUGAAGUAAAUGAAGCUAGCUAGAGCUGAUGCUUUAACUUUUAACUUGCCAUUUCUGAAUUUAUUUUAUAGCAUGAAAAAUAUAUUUAUUCAAAUGAUACUUUACUCAUAAUCAUUCUGUGCUGCUUUAUUUUGGUUCAUAAGCUUGUAAAUUGCUUUUUUAUGAUACUAUGAAAUGUCAAUAGAAAAUGUGUUUUUAUUUGUAAAAUAAAGAUGCUCAUUUGGCA